UGAAGAAGAAUGUACAAACUCUACUAAGCAGGAGUGGCUUUACUUUGGGUAGUGUGGAAACAAACUACACUAUCUAAAGUCUGAUUGAAACAUUGGGCUUCGUUGAUCACAUGUCAGCCGCCCCAACAAAGGACACAUACUGCACAGUGAGACACUAUGGAGUCGCCUGUGGUGAACCUGCACAACCAGUUUCAGACUCUGAGAGCCCACAUGGACGGUCUGAAUGAGGGCAUUGAACCACAGUUCAUCCAGAUGGCAGUAAACUUUGAGGAAUGCAGAAAGAAGUGGUUGCAAGCAGGUGAAGACCUGGUGUCCUGUAAAGAGAUGCUGGCUAAAGCUGAAACUGAAAGAGGAGCCCUGGAAGUAAAAUUAAAGCAUGCUCGCAAUCAGGUGGAUGUGGAGAUCCGCCGGCGGCAGAAGGCUGAGGCAGUGUAUGAGAAACUGGAACGUCAGCUGCAGCUGAUAAGGGAACUGCUGAUAUCAGACAAUGGCAACAGUGUACACCUGAGUGAGGAGCAGCGCUCAGCCCUGGCCUUCCUCAGUGCCCACUCCCAGGCAGCACAGGCUGCAAAAACCAACAUCAACUCCAGCCGAAGGUUAACUACCAUAGAUGAAUCAGCUUCUUUGCUGUCAGACAUCAGCUUCGACCAAACAGAUGACUCUCUGGACUGGGAUUCCUCUGCAAUGAAGACUGUGAGACUGAGGAAACGCCAGAAACGACGUUCCUCAAGAAAACUCUCUGAAGCACCUCCACAGGUUGUAAAGAAGCCUCGCUCCACUGGACGCUCAUCAGACAGGAUGAAUGAAUCAAUAGUGGCCAAAACCACUAUAACUGUGCCUGUAAACGGCGGUGCUGUUGAGGCCGUAUCAACCAUUGAAACAGUUCCCUACUGGACACGCAGCAAAAAGAAGAGUCUUGGACCAGCGUGGGCAGAUACAACAACUACUGACCAAUCUGAGACAGCCAGCGAUGCUCCAGGCACACUGAUCUCUUUACCAGCUCAAACACGAACCCUCAGAGAAAACGGAGGUGGAAAGAAACACCACUUCAUCCCCAAAACAGUGAUCAAGUCUGAGUUUUGCACACCAUGUGGAAGAAGAACAAAGUUUGGCAAAAUGUACCUCCGUUGUCAGGACUGCAGAAUGGUGACCCAUCCAGACUGUCGUGAACGUUGUCCUCUGCCCUGUAAUCCUGCUGCUUUUAGCACUCCCAUCAGAAACACAGAGGCAACACUGGCUGAUUUUGCUCCAGUUACUUCCCCAAUGAUCCCAGCUCUGGUCAUCUACUGCAUUAAAGAGAUUGAACACAGGGGCCUGCAUGAGGUUGGCCUGUACAGGGUCUCUGGCAGUGAGCGCUUGGUCAAAGAGCUAAAGGAGAAGCUGAUUAGAGGAAAGACUCUGCCUCCUCUGAGCAAAGUGGAUGACAUCAACGUCAUAACUGGAGUUCUCAAAGACUUCCUCAGAAACCUUCCAGAGCCACUGCUCACCUUUCAGCUCAACAAAGCCUUCAUGGAGGCAGCUGAAAUCCAGGAUGAUGGCAACAGUCUUGCUGUGAUGUACCAGACCAUCAGUGAACUCCCAAACCCCAACAGAGAUACUCUAGCCUGUCUGAUGAUCCACCUGCAGAAGGUGUCUCAAAGCGUGGACACCAAAAUGGAUGUGAAUAACCUGGCCAGAGUGUUUGGCCCUACGCUUGUGGGCCAUGCUGUGCCCGACCCAGAUCCUAUGACUAUCCUACAUGACACGAACAGACAACCGAGGGUGAUAGAGCGUUUGCUCAGUAUUCCGUCAAGCUACUGGAGCCAGUUUGCCCAUCCAGAUAAUAUAGCCAUGGACAAAGCUCUCCAUGGAGACACUCCAGAUCACAGAGUGAGCAUAUUGGGACCAAUCACCACUCCAGAGCACCAGAUGAUGACCAAAACACCUUCUUCUAGCUCACUGUCCCAGCGUAUGAUACAGACCCUCUCCAGCACCACCAUAUUUGGGAGCAAGGGCAAAGCGUCUUCUGCCUCAAACCGCCAAGGAAACUUCUUUGCUUCUCCACAGUUGAAGUAAUGGAAAAUAUUGGUGAGGAAAAAUCGUGCCCAUAUUGUGUCUUUGGGUAACUUACUGCAAUAACCAAAAUAUAUAUGUAUAUGUAUAUGCACAUAAUCAUGUGGGAAAACUACUGUGCAAUUUUAACUUUUUAUUACUGAACUUUUUUAUUCAGCUGUUUUUAAGCAAUGAAAAAACCUUGCACAAAGUAUUUAACUUGUUUGUACCUUCCACUACUAAUGAUUCAUUACUAACCCAAAUGUGGUGGCAUUUAUGUGAAAUGGUUAGAAGUUUUUAAUGGCCAAUCAACCAUUCAUAUCUAGUUUGAGUGGGAUUAUUUUCGAUUUUUGGCAUCGAUGUCCAGUGUUGAACCUGUGGUUGUAACCACAGUAACAAUUGUGAACACACAGGUACAUUGAACUAUGGGAAAAUAAGUUGCAUCACUGGCCAGUGUUAUUGUGCGUUUGUAUUAUUGCUGUGGUUGUUCUGUCAUUGUCCCAGUAACUCAAUUCUUUGUUUUCAUGACUUAACAUUUUGGUUUAUGUUUGUUGAUUUUGUGGAAAGCUGAAUACCAAUCAUGGCCAUUUGUAACAUGAAGAAUCUAUCAAUUCUACCAUUUAAACACUGAACAGAAUGUUGAUCAAUGAGUAAAACUACUUUCUCCUGAUAAUAUAAAUGCCACUAGAGGCUGCUGUUGCCUCACUUUUGCUAUGUAACGGUCAACUAAGGAAAAGAAUCUGUAUUAUGCACACAACCAGUCGGUAUUACUGGCACUCCUUACAUUAAUAUAUGAACAGAUGUGAACAUUUGGAAGUAAGUCAGUGCCAUGAACUCAGAUGGAAUUUUGCAUCUUACAAAUCAGAAGUCUGAGUCUUAUUUCUAUAAGGUAAUGAGAAUCUAGAGCUGCUUUUUUAUUCUACUCACUGCUUUAAGUAUUUAUAACCAGAUCACCAAAUGUUUGUUUUUCUUUGAGACUGUUUCUUUCACUGCUGCUGUCAAGUACACCUUCAUCUGCUCUAGAUCUUCAGACGAUGAUGGCCUUACUGGUUGAAAUAUUAGUUAUUCAGGGCUGAAAUGUUCUUAUUGCCAAAAAAUGAUUCACAGUAUUUACUCAUUAAACACAUUUAGACAUGUUCUGUUUGCCAGUAAAGGAAAUGUGCAUAAUUUUAGGGUGUUACACUCCUGUGACACUGCAGUUUUAUACACAUUUUAUAUGUUUUUGUGCAUUUAUUCAUCUGUGUGGAUCUUUUCCUUUUUUAUAUAGUAUCUAACUGAUCUUGAUACUUUUGCUAAUGAAUCCUGUGAAACUAAUGAUGUUCAUUACCUCAUCUUAGCUCAAAUCAGACCCCAUAAGAGUCUGUGCUUGAGCUAAAA